AUGGAGCCCUCAAACUACGAACAUAUACCAGACAAGCCAAGAUAUAUUGACUUUCCUCAUCUAGAACAUGGCACUGUUAUAGAUGGAAAGCUGGCCUUAAAUCGAUGGUCUCAUACAAUUACAAAUGGACAUGACUUUCCAGGAGCGCAGGCAAUGCUCUACGCGGCAGGAGUGCCAAAUCGAGAAAUGAUGAAAUCUGCACCUCACGUUGGAAUAUCCACUGUAUGGUGGGAAGGAAAUCCAUGCAAUAUGCAUCUACACGACCUCGGGAAGCUUGUCAAAGAAUCAGUACAGAAACAGGGUAUGCUUGGAUGGCAAUUUAACACUGUGGGAGUUAGUGAUGCAAUUACUAUGGGUGGAGAAGGCAUGAGAUUUUCUUUACAGACUCGAGAGAUUAUCGCAGAUUCUAUUGAGACUGUCACGUGUGCUCAACAUCAUGAUGCCAACAUCUCAAUUCCUGGUUGUGAUAAGAAUAUGCCAGGAGUCAUUAUGGCUGCUGCGCGUCACAAUAGACCAUUCGUAAUGAUUUAUGGAGGUUCAAUCAAAAAGGGCUAUUCCAAGUUAAUGAAAAAGGAAAUCAAUAUUAGUAGUUGUUAUGAAGCAAGUGGCGCAUUUGCUUAUGAUAAACUUCACGCUGCUGUGGAAGGUGCAACUCCAAGCGAUGUCAUGGAAGAUUAUGAGCAAAACGCUUGCCCUGGUGCUGGUGCUUGUGGUGGAAUGUAUACAGCGAAUACUAUGUCAACCGCAAUCGAAGCCAUGGGACUAUGUCUUCCAGGAUCCUCUUCAAAUCCGGCCGAGUCACCGGCUAAGAUGAGAGAAUGUGUGAAAGCAGCAGAAGCAAUUAAGAUUUGUAUGGAGAAGAAUAUUCGACCACGAGAUCUGUUAACGAAAGAAUCUUUCGAGAAUGCUUUGGUCAUUACAAUGGUCCUUGGAGGAAGUACUAAUGCUACACUUCAUUUCCUCGCAAUGGCUGGUACAGCUGAAGUACCUCUCACUAUUGAUGAUAUUCAACGAGUGAGCGAUAAGAUCCCAUUUUUGGCAGAUUUACAACCUUCUGGAAGAUUCUGUAUGGAGGAUCUCUAUGAUAUUGGUGGAACUCCAGCCGUCAUUAAGCUUCUCAUCGCAGCGGGAUUAAUGAAUGGUGAUAUUCCAACUGUCACAGGAAAGACUUUGAGGGAAAAUGUUGAGAGCUGGCCAUCAUUACCACAAGAGCAGACCCUCAUCAGACCAUUGAGCAAUCCCAUUAAGCAGACUGGUCAUUUACAAAUUCUUCGUGGAAAUAUCUCGCCUGGUGGAGCAGUUGCAAAGAUCACAGGAAAAGAAGGUCUGGUAUUCACGGGAAAGGCAAUGGUUUUCGAUAAGGAACAUGAACUUGAUCAUGCAUUGAAUAAGGGUCAGAUUCCCGAUGGAGAGAAUCUCGUCUUGAUUGUGAGAUAUGAGGGACCUAAGGGAGGGCCUGGUAUGCCAGAACAAUUGAAAGCUAGUGCAGCUAUCAUGGGUGCCGGUCUCAAGAAUGUUGCCCUCGUUACUGACGGUCGAUAUUCUGGUGCUAGUCACGGAUUCAUUGUAGGACACGUUGUUCCCGAAGCAGCAGUCGGAGGUCCUAUCGCAGUAGUGAGAAAUGGCGAUAUAGUCACCAUAUCCGCGAAGACUAAUACUUUAAGCAUGGAUGUAUCUGAUGAAGAAAUUGCGGAAAGACUCAAGUCUUGGAAAGCCCCUAAGAGUGCAGUUAAUAGAGGCGUUUUGGCAAAAUAUGCUAGAUUGGUGGGAGAUGCAUCUCAUGGAGCUAUGACGGAUUUGUUUUAA